AGAUAAUAAUGAAUAUGGGGUUCCAACGAUGAUGGUAUAUGAUUCUUUUAGAGGACAUUUAGAUGAUUCAAUCAAAGAUAAAUUUCGGAAUAGUGGCAUUGACUUAGCAGUUAUUCCAGAAGGCUUAACCAGCAUUUGCCAACCACUUGACGUUGCAAUUAAUAAACCAUUCAAAGACAAUCUUCGCAAAGAAUGGCAUCUCUGGAUGGCAAAAGGUGGUGCUGGAACAACUGCAGCUGAAAAUCUUCGACGUGCUAGAAUAAGUGAUGUGUGUGGAUGGGUAAAACGUUCUUGGGAACAAAUUCCAGAUGAUGUUAUUAUUAAUUCCUUCGUAAAAUGUGGUAUCUUAAAUAAUUUAAACCAGGAUAUUGAUACUGAUAGAGAUCGAUUGAAUUCUAAUAAUACAUAUGUGAGUGACGAUAUUGAAAUCAUAGACCUUAGUGAAGAUAUUGAAAUAGAAGAUAUUAACAAUCUUGUUGAAAUAAUCAAUAUCAGUGAAGAUAUUGAAAUUAUGGAUAUAAGUGAUGACAUUGAAAUUAUGGAUAUAAGCGAUGACAUUGAAAUGAUGGAUACUGAAGAUGACAUUGAGAUUAUUUAUAUUAAUGAUCAUUAA